AUGAAGACCGACCUGGAGCUGGCGCUGGAGUGCGCCGUCAAUGUCUAUCACCGGUACGCCAUGCGGCGCCCCAUGGACGAUUACCUGAGCAGGAGCGAGUUCUCCAAACUGCUCCGGGACACGGCCGAGCCCUUCCUGCGCCGCACGGCCCCGCCCAACACCAACAUCGACCAGUACAUCACCCAGCUCUUCAGCAAGGCCGACGCCAACCGCGACGGCCGCCUCAAGUUCACCGAGUUCCUGAGCACGCUGAGCCUCGUGGCCAUCGACGCCCACAACCGCUCCCACGAGGGGCCGGGGGGUGACCACGGCCAUGACCACGGGCAUGACCACAGCCAUGGCCACAGCCGCUGA